UCAACGCUGUCACACGGUAUCUUUUGUGACUGCUUCUACACAAACAAAACAAAAAGGAUAACAAGAACCCUCUUCACUCUUCAAUUUCCAAAACCACAGAGAAAUGGCAAUCUCCUCCGGCGUUUUCUCCACCGCUUUUCUGUCCCCCGAAAGUGCGUCUUUCCUCAAGCCGUCCUUCAGACCUAACCUUGUCGCGCCCGGUAAUCUUCGCAUGGUUCGUACUGUGACCUUAGCCACUGCCUCCAAGCCCGCGACCGGAAAGCGCGAACCUCGAGGCAUUAUGAAGCCUCGCCCCGUGUCCCCUGAAAUGCAAUCUCUUGUCGGUGUCCCUGAAAUCCCCCGCACGCAGGCUCUCAAACGGAUUUGGGCUUAUAUCAAAGAACACAAUCUUCAGGAUCCUGAAAACAAGAAGAUCAUAGUUUGUGAUGAGAAGCUGAAGAAGAUAUUUGGAGGAAAGGAUAGAGUUGGCUUCCUUGAGAUUGCUGGGUUGAUUAGUCCUCAUUUCCUGUAAGAAAACCAAAUUGAAGAUUGAAAAGCUGAUAACCAUAAUUUGUUGGAGAGCUAUUUUGGUGCUAGUGAAGGUGGAUGUUGCUUUCUGCAAGUAAUGGUGUUUUCAGACUUCUAGGUGUUGGGGUACAGAAGUAGAACUGUUUUAAUGAGUUAUUUGCUUCUGGUUCUUUAUGAUGUAGGUUAUUUAAUGCAAUAUUAUUACUUGCUGUGGGUUUAUGCAUCUUAAAAUUUGGUGGAAUUUAUAUACACAAGUUUCUACUUUUAAGUAUUAA